UUUCUUUGCUAACCAGUGAGGUGUUCUACAAUGCCUGAACCGGCAAAGUCAGCUCCCGCGCCCAAGAAGGGCUCGAAAAAGGCUGUCACCAAAGCCCAGAAGAAGGACGGCAAGAAGCGCAAGCGCAGCCGCAAGGAGAGCUACUCCAUCUACGUGUACAAGGUGCUCAAGCAGGUGCACCCCGACACCGGCAUCUCGUCCAAGGCCAUGGGCAUCAUGAACUCCUUCGUCAACGACAUCUUCGAGCGCAUCGCCGGCGAGGCCUCCCGCCUGGCGCAUUACAACAAGCGCUCGACCAUCACGUCCCGGGAGAUCCAGACGGCCGUGCGCCUGCUGCUGCCCGGCGAGCUGGCCAAGCACGCUGUGUCCGAGGGCACCAAGGCGGUCACCAAGUACACCAGCUCCAAGUGAGUCCCUGCCGGGACACGGCGCUCGCAUGAGUCGCCGGCCGCUUGACUCCAAAGGCUCUUUUCAGAGCCACCCACCUAAUCACCAGAAAAGAGCUUUGUUCACUUAUUCUCCCCUCACUUGAUCUCACAAAGUAAGUUACUCUACUUGUGAAAGAUCAUGGAAGAUGGCACACGUAGCUUUUUAAGCCUUUCGUACUUGAGAUUUCUGGCGCGUGACUGGCUCUGCUUUUUAAUCUAGGGCGCGUCUUGACUCCUUAACUGUGCUGCUUAGUUUUCCUACAAGUCCUUUCCGAAUUAGGUUAUUGAAAAUCCGCUUCUCCCCUUCCGUCCCCAGACUAUUGUGUCCUGGUGACGUUGUUGGGUGUAUGUUUCAUCGGUGUUCUAAAACGAAAUGAGUGAUUUCGGUCAUCCUCACUUAAGAAAGGACCCCGGGACAACUAAACCCGGGUCCCAGGAACAUUGCGUCAGAGCCCUGAAGAAUUCUCCCGAGCGUUUGGCGAGCGUUUGGCAGCUGCCGGGGUGCCCAGUCACCACUUCUGCCCUGCGGUGUGGCCUCCUGUGGAUACCAGCGGUCUGGGCACUGAGGGCGGGGCCUGCGCUGCCGGGUCCUAGCCUUUCCCUGAUUGGACGACAUGAAUAUUCAAAAUCACGCGCCCGCUCGGGAAUUCGUAGGUUCUGGUUUCCGCCGCUCCCUUUGGGGCUUUCAAAUCCCUAUUAUUUCUCGGUUUGUGGAUCGUUUUUGCAUUUAAUUCUCUCUUCUUGGAACGCCCCGGCCUUGGGUCACUGCAAGGCGCUGAUCAUUUAGGGCUGGGCUCAAAAGUCACCUCUCCGAGACCUUCCCAAGUCCCACUCAGGAAUUUGCGUCUCUCGUUCCUGCCUAUCACCUGGUCUCAUUGUUUUCUCUUCCUCCUAGCAGCUGUCAGAAGUUGGUUCGUUUAUUUUCGUAUUUAUGGUCUGCCUCCUCAAGCCCUUAACAGACUUUGCUGGUCUGAUUUUCUGCUAAAUACAGUCAGCGCCAGUCUGCCUGGCACAUAGUGGACACUUCAAUACUUAACUGAAUUAAAAUUGGUCGAAUUAAUUUUCCCACGCUAUCCCUUUCUUAAUCGCUUCCUGGAUGGAUGCGUGCCGUUCAUUUCCAUUAGUUACACGUGAAGACAUGAAAACGGAAAUGUUUUUGGAGCUCUUUGGCCAAGUCAGUCUGGGGUCACUUCAGGGUAGUAGCUCUGAGGAGGCCCGGGUUAAGAUUCUUUUUGUGCACCAAAAAGGAGGUGGUGGUGGUGGUUGGUUUUCCCUUUAUGCUUCUUGUAGUGUAACCUCUUUUGGAUUUUCUUUAAAUUCAGAGCAUUGGUCACUGGAAAGAUCCUCUUCCCAUCUCCUUUUCUGACACCCACCAUCUCCAUCCUGAUCCUCUGUUCCCCAUGGAGAUGAGCUUUUAAUUUACACUCACCUUCUCGCUUAUCAGGAGGCCUUGAAAAGAUAGACCCUGUAAGACAGGCAAGGUUAAAUAACCCCCUUUACAACCCAGAGGUUGAGAAAAGCAAAGGGAUUGGUUCACUGGUCAUGCAGCUAACAUUGUCCACCUUUGUAUCCUCAAAUGCGCAGACAAUUGCAUUUUAGUUUUAUUUUAUGUAAUUACAAAAUGUUCACUCUUUCUGUCUAAGCCUUGAUUUUGCUGAUGAAGACACUGAUGGGUUUGAUCAGUUGUUCAAUUCUGCUUUUGGCUAAGGGGUCCUGGAGUUGAUCCUAAGGGUUUCAUGAAUCCAAAUGGACUCCAGACAUUAUUAUAAACUGAAUUAAUCUUAUGUUUCCUACAUGUGUUUUCAAAUGUGUGUAGAUGCUAUUGUUAUUAAUAAAAUUACCCGUUAAUUUA